CGCUAGGUCACACUGGUGACAACUUGUCACUGACAAGUCAUGAUAAUUUUUUUUAAAGCAAUAGUUUUUCGCCAUGGAUGACUCGUUUUUCGGCUUCGAUACAACUAUACCGGACGAGGACGGUGGCGACGGGCGCAUUGCGGAGGAGGAGUAUGAUGCACUGAACGACGAAACCUUCGGAUCGGCGAUAAAUGGCGACUGGGAGGAGGCCCACGAGACGAUGGUGCGCCUCGGCGGCAAUGGCGAGCGGGUGCGCAAGCGGCCCGCAGACGCGUCUGCUGGCGGGAGCACGGAUGUGGAUUUUCCCGACCAUGGCAAUGGAGCCUUUCGGCACCAGAACCUGCUGUCGUCCGGUCCGUCGUCCAUCGGCUCUACACCGGCCCCGUUCAAUGCCCCCUUCAGGCAGGCGCGCCAUAUUGGCGAUUCCGACCUGGAGUUGAACCUCUCUUCGAUGAAGCUGGACGACAUGGACCUUUCCACAUUUGCCGACAGCGAGGCCAGUGGUCUGAGCAAUCGGAUCAAUCUGGACUCUGCCGUCUGGGCGUCGCAGCCAUUUCCGAACAACCAGCCACUCUUUCGAGAGCCCCUGCGCAGCGCCUUCAAGCCACAGCAGCCGCACCAGCAACAGCACCAGAUGAAGCCUCCGCCGGAGACUAAUGCCAACUUCCCGCUGCACCACCUGCCGCCGCCACCAUCGCAGCAGGCCGGGCCAAAGAUCACCACUCUCGAGGACAUUGAACGCAAUAUGAUUAUCCAGCAGGCAAUGCCCAAGCAGCAACAGCAACAACAGCCGCCGCCGCAGCAGCAUCACCAUCAACAGCCAUCAACAGAGCGAAAGAUGUUCGACGACUUCAGCCUGAGCAACAGGCAGCAGGUGGCCACACCAACUAUGAUGCAUCAGCAGAAGCAGCCCCCGCAGCAGCAGGCGUUACAACAGCAGCAACACAAGGCACCUCCUGGCUUCUUGGGAACGCCGCAGACCUCUCCACCCAGGCCAAAUUUGGGCUUCCCUGGUCCCCAUCAACUGCCCGAGCUGCUCCCGACACCGCCGUCGCAGCAGCAACUAAACGGCAUGGGUGGCAAUCGAGCGCCUCCCGGCUUUAUCUAUCCGCCGGGUAUGCCCGGCAAUAUGCCCCAACUGCCGCAGCAUCCGCUGAUGCCCCAGCACUUGCCGCCCAACUUUCCGUUGCCCGGCGGCAACCAGCGCCCACUGCCCAAUCCGCACGCCCUGCCCACGGCUCUGAACAACUUUGCCAUGCAUCCGAGCUUCAAUGCAAUGCGCGCCGCUGGCCUCCAUCCGGCGGCCUUCAUGCAGCCGCCACAUCCGCACCAGAUGCAGCAGCCGCGGAUGCCGCCGCAUCCACUGCAGUCGGCCAAUAGCCUGCUCGGUCAGCAGCCAAACUCCAUGUACAACAUGUUUAACAUGAGGCUGGUGCAGGAGAUCCAGCAGAACCAUCCGCUGCUCCAGCAGGCCGCCGUGGCCCGGCAGAUGCAGCAAAGCCGUGCCGGCUCCGUGGUCAGCGACCGCCAAAAGAACCAGAUGCAGCAGCAGCAGCAGCUCGGUCGGCGUCCGGAUGGGAACUAUCCAUUGGAGGAGUACGAUGAGUACGCGAACCUGAUGAGUACCCGUGACAAGCACUGGCUGAUUGGGAUCCAGCUGUCGCAGUUGAACACGGACACGCCGUACAUCGACGAUUACUACUUCACGGUGCACAGGGAACGCAAGGCUCAGCAGAACGGGCAGAUGCGCAACAGCCAGGCGCACAAGGACAACCAGCUGAACCAUCCGCUCACCCAGCCGCGCGGCCAUGCGCAGCUCAUCCUCGUCCAGCUGGGCAACAAGAAUGGAACUCGCAAUGGCCAUGGACGCGAGCGCCGCAACUCGGAGAACACCAGCAGCACGGGCGGAGGCAGCACGAACAAUGGGCCUGGUGGCAACAACAACAACCUGACCGGUUACAUCUUCUCGCCGUUGAAAUUUGAGAACUCGCUGGGCAAGCUGCAGUAUGGCAGUGUGACGGCGCCGCGCAAAAUCAUAGACGCCGACAUAAUGGGCGGCGAAUCGAGCACAGGCACCGAUGCCACCGCUACGUCCUCCACCAGCACGAACCCCAAAUCCAACGCAGGAACUCCACUGCUGCCCUCGGCAAGCAGCGAAGUCAAUCCGAGCAGCAUGCGAAAGUCGCGUCACAUUUUGCUGUUGAUCGAGACGCUGUACCGCUAUCUGCUCAAGCUGGAGGAUCUGGAGAGCCCCGAGGUCAUGGCCACCAUAGAGCUGAAAAAGAAAAAGGAGGCCGAGCGUAUCGCAGCCCUAGAGCAGCUGGAGUUGGCCAACAAAACGGCCGAAGAACGGGCCGGCGAGGCAGCCAAUCCGCAGACCAUGAAUCCGCAAUUAAAGAACAAGUUCAACUACGAGGUGGAGACGAGGUCGGCUCUGGUCAAUAAGUUAAGGGCGGGUCUGGCCUUUGACAAGGUGGUGUCCAUGAUGAAUGUGCGCAAGGGAAAGAUUCUUCUCCGUCGCAUUAUGCCCUUCAUUGCGGAUCAAAGCGUUUGCUGGACAGUUUGGAGCGGUGUCUUCUGUUCGCUCCAGACCGUAGUGAAGAAGGACAAGGACGAUGUUGAGGGACUCUUGUACGCACUCUAUCCAGAAUUUAAGAAGCACAUCAGCAAGGCCAGUUUCGAGAACCUAGUGAGCAUUUCAGCAGCCAUCACGCUGAACGACAAGAAGCUGACGGGCAUCUUCUGCAGUCGCUUCGGAAUCCUUUCACUGGUUGCCCUUAUACUGCGCGCCGAGGAAUUAUAUGUUUCCCGAACGGACUCCACCCUCAUCGAGGAAAACAGGCAGAGGUGGCGAGAAUUUUUGGCACAGGUAGCGUCCUGCCUUAAUCGCACCAUUCAGAAUCAGACCAUCUCGGCGGCCAUCGAGUCGGAUGCGAUUCAGCCGCUAAUGGACCACUUUGAGCGGUUCAAAGACCUAAAGCUGGACGCCCUCUUAGCGUUAAUAACCGAAGCCAGGCAUCAAAUCGAUUAGGUUGCGUUUCUAGCCUUUUAUUUCACCUGAUCGGGAGGAUUCAGAUAAUUGUAAAAUUGAUGUAGUCGAGUUCAGUUUGCUUUACUCAACUACGCAUAUGUUUGUAUAAAUUAUGUAUCCAAUACUUACAUAUGUACCGAUAUGUACGACCGUGUUUACUUGAAAACAUAUUGCUGCUACAGGGUAUACAAAUCUCACGCGGAAAAUGAGAGAGUACUCGGCGACGGUCAAUAAACUUUGAUAAUAGUUUGUUAGAAACGUUAUUUUAUCCGAAAUUAUGUGCACACACACACACACAUUGUAUAAGAGACAGAAGAGAACAUGUUUUAUAAAUAAUAUAUAUCGAAUGGUAGGUUUUGCUCAUUGUACAUACUAUAUCAUUUCGUAUUUGAUAAGGAGUACUUUUCCGGCAUUUUCUUUAGAGAUUUAUUAUGAUAAUCCCCCCUAUAUCAUUCUGAUAAUUUUCCUACUUUGUCAUCGAAUUGAAACAAUAACUAAAGGACUUUCACUAUAAUUUGUACGCCUCGAACGGAGGACGAAACUAUAAUAUGUAUCUACAACUAAAACACUUUUUAGCGCCUUUAUGCAUACUCGUCUAAACAGGCAACCAUUAAUAGCUAUUUACUUUCCUGGUAUUUGUAAAUAUCGGUUUUAUGAAAUUUCUCCUAUACGUAUAAUACAUUUUGGGUUUCAUUGAAUCAAAUUUGUGUAAGACCCGAUCUAAUCAUAAUCGAGACAUUCAGCAUAAAUGUGUACUAAAUAAUUAGCAUUGUGAGUGGUGCCAGUCGAGAAAACGUGUUUAUUACAACAAAAUGAUCAAAAUUGUGAUACAUUUUGACUUUUUAACCUAAACGAGACGAAGAUGGUCGGAAAAAAUUAGUGUAACACAAAGAAAAUUUCAAAUUAGAAAAAGAAAAAGAAAAAAAAAAACCCAACAAAAAAAAUGCAAUUUUCGUAAACCUUUUGUAACGCAACGGAUAGAUAUUUGUUGUAAGAAUCCGUUGUGAAACAUUUUCAUUUUAUUUCGUUUAUUUUUAGUUUUAUUUCUUUUUUUUAUCAUUUUUGACCAUUGUGCUUAAGUAUAUUUUUUAAAAAUUGAAUUCAUGUUUGUAUCUACAAUGGUAAUACCAUUCGAUUGCGCAAGAUUACGAUGCUUUUUGUAAGCAAGUCAAGAGUCAAAGUACGAUAGCUGUUUAAGAACGUAAAAGCAUAUACAAUAAUUAUUGUAGAUUAAUUUGUAUUUAUCACCUGAAAAAAACAACAAAACACUUUCAAUUUUUUUUAAACUUAAAUAUGUUUGCAGAUUGAAAAACCAACUUUUAAAAUUCAUAUGAUUUCAAGGAGUAUAAUAAAUAAAGCAUACCAUUUCACAGAACACACCGAAA